AUGCCAGUGCGGACCCCGAGAUGCUGCCUGAAUGAGGCGCCAAGGGCACAGAUCAAAAGAUCAAAAAUUAUGUACAAGAGGGGAAGUAAAACAUAUGGAUGCCCCAGCCACCGCAGACCGCCGUUUAGCCACUACUUCAAUUAUAAUUCCUUCUGCUUCGCCUCUUCAGAGUUCAGACACAUGUUAGACACCCCUCUGAUAAUAGACUGGUCAACGGAUGUGGAUGUGACACAGACAGGGAAGGUUAUGGAUGUCCAGGCUAUGCAGUUGGGCUGGAGCGAUGCAAAUGUUGCAGAGCAUACAACAGACACCGGUGGAGGAGUGAAUACUAUGCUCACUUCAAUCAAACACUCUCGCGGGUUCCAGCCAAAGGCACGGAACCAGCUCAUUUGUCGUCUCAUGUUUCAUGUUUGCAAGUCAAGUCAUCCUGGUUGCUGCCAUCUUGGUGUCAUCUCAUCCCUGAAAACUCUACUGCGGCAAAAUUUGACCGACACUACCCAUCGCAUGCUUGUUGCCCCGAAUGCAUGCAUGUCCAGUUUAUCUUUCGAGCCAGUGCUGAUUUGGUCUACUCAUAUCAGCCCUAUAACUGUUAUGGCAACCUUGACAGUGAAGAUGACGAUGAUACGGAUGAUGAG